AUGAUUCCUCCUCCACCUCCUCUUUCACCAAGUCUAACGUUUUCCUUUUUUCCAAUUCGGUGUGCGACUGUGUUUUGUGAUUCCGUUCUCCUCGGGGCGACCCUGUUGCUCUCUUUCACUCCUUCCCUCUCUUUCAAUCUCUCUCUCUCUCUUUCACACUCUCUCUCUACUUCACUCCCUCCCUCCCUCUCUCUCUCUCUUUCACUCUCUCCCUCUCUUUCAUCCCCUCUCUAUCUCUAUCUCUCACUCCCCUCUCUCUUUCACUCCCUCCCUAUCUCUCUCUUUCACUCCCCACUCUCUUUCACUCUCUCUCUUUCACUUCCUCCCCCUCUCUCUCUCCAUCCCUCCCUCUCUUUCACUCCUUCUCUAUCUCUCUCUCUUUCCCCCCUCUCUCUUUCACUCCGUCCCUAUCUCUCUCUUUCACUCCAUCCUCCUCUCUCUCUUUCACCCCUCCCUCUCUUUCACUCUCUCUCUUUCACCCCAUCCCCCUCUCUCUCUCUCUUUCACUCCCUCCCUCUCUUUCACUCUUUCAGUCCCUCCCUCUCUCACUUUCACUCUCCCCUCUCUUUCACUCUCACUCUCUUUCACUCACUCUCUGCCACUCUUUCACUCUCUCUUUCACUUCCUCCUUCUCUCUCUUUCACUCCCUCCUUCACUCUCUCUCAAUCUCACUCUCUUUCACUCCUUCCCUCUCUCUUUCACUCCCUCCCUCUCUCUUUUUGUUUUUUCUCUUUUCUUCUCCCUUUCUUUCUUCCUUCUCUUUUCCUUCCAUUGCCUUUCUUUUUUUUCCUCCCUGUUUAUUUUCCCGUCUCUUUAUUGUUCUAUUUUCUCUGUCUCUCUCGUGUUUUUUUUAAAUCCCCCUCUCUCUAUCUCUCUUUCUCUCUCUCCCUCUCUUUCUCUCUCUCCCUCUUUGUUUCAAUUCUGGAUUGUCCCUUCUCUCAUCCUGUUUAUCACGUUCUCGUUUUCUUUCUGUCGUUCUUUCUUUCUUCUUGUUCCUUUCACCCUGUCUCUCUCUCUCUCUCUCUUUAUCUUUUUGUGCCUUCUCUCUAUUGCUUUCCGUCUUUUUCUCUCUCUUGCUUUAUUUUGUCCUUCUUUUUUCUUGCUCUCGUAACCUCUCUCUUUUCUUAUCUUUUUUCUUUCUUUCUUUCUUUCUUUCUUUCAUUUACUCUUUCUUUUCUUUCUUUCUUUCUUUCUUUCUUUCAUUUACUCUUUCGUUCUGACGUUUUCUUCCAUUCUUUCUUUCUUUCUUUCUUUCAUUUCAUCUUUCGUAUUUUUUUUCUUUCUUUUAUUUUCUUUAUCUCUCUUUUCUGGUCUUAUUUCUUCCUUUAUUUUAGUUUUCUUUCUUUCUUUCUUUCUUUCUUUCAUUUACUCUUUCUUUUCUUUCUUUCUUUCUUUCUUUCUUUCAUUUACUCUUUCGUUCUGACGUUUUCUUCCAUUCUUUCUUUCUUUCUUUCUUUCAUUUCAUCUUUCGUAUUUUUUUCUUUCUUUUAUUUUCUUUAUCUCUUUUCUGGUCUUAUUUCUUCUUAUUUUAUUUUCUUUUUUCUUUUUCUUUCUUUCUUUCUUUCAUUUACUUUUCUUUCUUUCUUUCUUUCUUUCUUUCAUUUACUCUUUCGUUCUGACGUUUUCUUCCAUUCUUUCUUUCUUUCUUUCUUUCAUUUCAUCUUUCGUAUUUUUUUCUUUCUUUCUUUUCAUUUCUUUCAUCUUUCUUCCUCUUUUUUUCUUGUUUUCCUUUCUUUCUUUCUUCCUUCGUUUCUUUUUUUCUUUCUUUUUUUCUUUCUCUCCAAUUAUAUUUCUUUUUUUUUCUUUCUUUCUUUCUUUCAUUCUUUCUCUCUUUCCUUCUUUUCUUCUUUCUUUCUUUCUUUAUAUUUCUUUCUUUUUAUUUCUUUUUCUUUCUUUCUUUCUUUCUUUCUUUCUUUCUUUCAUUCUUUCUUUCUUUCCUUCCUAUCCAUUCUAUUAUCGAUGAUUGCCUUGCGAUUCUGGACGCGCCCCCCGCCCGUCCUCAACCGCCAGCAAUAUCUUAUGAACAAUUCCGAUUUCAUUAUCUCCAUUUCCCAUUCUCACCCAUUUCGUCUUUGCACCGGUCUUCACUGCAUCUUUUUAGGUUGUUGUUGUUUUCCCUUCUUAAAAAGCGAUACUGUCCCUUUUCCUCGCUAUCAACACGAUCGCUACCAACCUAACCUUUUGUCCCCGUAA